UUUACAUGUAGAUUAGGCAAGCAGAAAUUUCCGCCUUCAACCACUGAUAAAAGCCGCUGUGGGGAUAAAACCCGCAACAAUAUUGAUAGCUGGUGUAAUUCGGCAUUUCAUUUACCGCUUGCUGGGCAUCCAAUCUCCUAUUUUACUCCAUUUCCUCUGUGGAUAUCUGGAAAAUACAUCUUUCUAUAAUUAUGUUUUCCUCUUUCGUUCUGGUGUACUAAAACAAGCCCUUUCUUCACGGCUUUUUCUAAAAUAGUUAGUUUGACAUGAUAAGACACUGAAAUAAUUAUGUUUGUAAUGUAAUUGUAAAUGAUUCUUUAUGAGCAUGACUUGUUCAUUGAGGUGGAGAGAGGUAAGGGAAUUAUCGUCAUUGUCACACAGUUGUGUACAAAACCUGCUGCCAAAGCACAUUCAUUGUUUACCAGAGCACUGGGUUCCCUCCCUGUCACACCCAACUUAAUUACCAUCCUAAGUGAAUAGUAAAUGAAAAAUAGCAGUUAUACAUGAUGUGAUCACUAUUUCACAUCCUGGCGAAGAAGGCCAGGGAGUGGACUCCACCCGCCUGGACACUAACAGUACAGCGUUAGCUAAUAAAGGGUAAGCAGCCACAGUCUUCUGAGAGUCUGUCAUUAUCCACUUUUGAAAUAUGUUAAAACAGAGCGUGAAUUUCAUUGCGGUCUGAGACAUUCUUUAUUGCCGCAUAAAACCCGGAGGUGAUCUGAGGGAGACACAGUCGGGACUUGAGCCACGCAAAGAGAAGCAGAGAGAGCAGCUGUUCUUCUGUUAUUACUGAAAAACAAACCCAGUAUUUUGCACAACAUGAGAGCUGCUUCUUACAGCCAGAAGAGCCUACAGGUCAGAGGCUCCAGCAGCAAAGUAAGGGUCCAGAGCCCGUCACCUUCCCGGUGCCGUGGAUCCUCCUAUGACAGCCGCGGACGCGCCGGUAAUCGCAGCACUGCCGUUGAGUUGGGCACAGAGAUACACGAGCAACAUGCCAACGAGAAAGAGGAAAUGCAGGAACUCAAUGUCAAGUUUGCGGGAUACAUCGGGAAGGUCCAGGCGCUAGAGCAGAGAAAUGGUGCUCUUCAAGCCGAGUUAGCCGCACUGCAGAGCCGCUACAAGGGAGGCCAUACAGGCAUCGGAGGGGAAUACGAGCUCAAGUUUAAAGAGGUGCGUGACCUGAUCGAGGCCCUGACUAAUGAGAAGGGAGCGGCUGAUAUUGAACGAGGCUACAUUGAGGAAGAGGUUGAAGUAUGGAGACUAAAGCUGGAGGAAGAGCUAGCACUCAAGGAAGAGGCAGAGAUGAUCCUGAGGGAGUUCCGCCAGGAUGUUGACGGCGCCACACUACAGAAGGCUGAGCUGGAGAAGCGCAUAGAGCAAUUGGUGGCCGAGAUAGAGUUCCUCAAGAAGCUGCACGAUGAAGAGGUGGCUGACCUCAUGAAGCAGAUUGAGGACUCAAAGAUUACCGCAGAGCUGGAUGGCGACCGGCCCGACCUGGCUGCUUAUCUGCGCAACAUGCGUGCAGAGAUAGAAUCGGUCGCUGCCCGAAACGUCCAGGAAGCUGAGAAGUGGUACAAGGGCAAGUUUAACACCCUCAAGGAGCACGCUGGCAAACACGAGGAACACACGAAGACCAUGAAAGACGAGAUAACGACCUUCCACAACCAAGUGACAGAGCUGCAGAACCAGAUUGAUGGGCUGAAGGCUCGUAACUCAGCCAUGGAGCAGCAGCUGGAGGAUAUGGAGAUGUCCCACAUGGAUAAGGCGGAGACCCUCGAGGGUGUCAUUGCUCAGUUGGAGACCCAGCUCUGCGAAACCAAACUCGAGAUGACCAAGUAUCUCCAUGACUACCAGGAACUGCUGCACAUUAAGCUCAAGCUGGAUGUAGAGAUCGCCACCUACAGGAAGCUGCUGGAAGGAGAGGAAACCAGGCUUGGAAUUGCCAAAGAUGUCUAAAUAUUCGUGACGAGAGCAAGUCAAAAGCAGCAACAGCGAAGACCAGCAGAGCAUUGUGGAGAGGAGCAAUCAGCUCAUACUUGUUAAAAAUAUUCUUCUCCAUCCUUCCCUUCUUCUCUAACCUUGCCCAACUCCAAGAUAACUCCAAGAUAACUCCAAGAACUGGGUGUCAUUUGAAAUGUCUAACUACAAGUGCCAAUUCGACACCUCGAUCCAACAGACGAGGACUAUGAUUCAUAUUUUAAAAUUGGCAAGAUGUUUUUCAAAGAACGGAGAGAAGAAGUAUCACUCCUCUACCGAGGUGUUGGCUUGCAGACAUACAUUUAAAAAGACUGAAUGUGGCUUUUUCAAAAUGUUGAAUUGAAUCAGUAAGUGUGUGAUCAUAGUCUGCUUGCCUACAAGUGCCUCCCAGUCCUUCGUUAUUUAAAUGUUUACAUCAUUUUUUUAAAACAACUCUCUUGUCCUUCUUCUUUACUAACAAUCUCUACCUUGUCAACCAUGUUCCCGUUUCAUGGCCCUUCUUAGUUAUUCCUUUUUCCUAAAACACACUGGUUGAAUUUCUGUCAAAUCAACCCUACUGUAAUACGUCCUUCACCUCCUUUCUAACAUCUUUUAGCCACCAGUGCUUCUCUUGAUCCAACUUAAUGAUCCUACCUCCUUUACAAAAAACACUCUUGUCCUGCUGUGACGCACCACAUCUCAACCCAUUUAAAGCAGACCUGAUUACAUCAGGGUUUUGCCUGCUCUUAACUCCACAUCCUGAUUAUUCCAACUGUUUAGACAAACAAUUAUUGACCAUUUAAACUAAUUCUGACCAACCGUUGCCUAAUAAAGAUUGAAGUGAGUGCAUACCAAA